AUGCUGCGCUGCCUCAACGGAUCGAUGCUGCGCCCCGCGCGCGGCGCCGCUUCUCUGGCGACUGCGACUGCCCCCGCUGCCAUAGCGCUGCCGGCUCGUCAGUUCCAUAGCGUGUACGGCAUUAUGGGCUCCUGCCUCAUGUGCGGCGCCUGCAUGCUGUGCUUCGGCUCCUGGGCGAACAACUACUGCAACGUGAAGAAGUACGGCCGCUGGCGCUUUCGCAACUCGAUCGAUGAUGUCAUCAUGGUCUCCGACUUUCGUGGCGCGCGCUACUUCGGGGCCUUCCUCGGCUUUCUCUUUUGGUGGUUUGUCGUAGGCCCGCAGAAGUACCGCUGGAACAGCAACUUGGCUGACAUUCCCGGGAACACACGCAUCGGACCCUUCUAA